AUGUCGAAGUUCGUGAACAAAGUGAAGGAUGCCAUGACUGAUCAUAACAAGGACGCACCUACAGCCCAUGGCUUUCAAGCUCCUCAUGAUGAGAACGCGUCUUCCAAUUUUCCCACCACAGAAUACGAUCCAAACCAGCAUAAAUCUUCUAGCAUGAAUGAAUCUUCUGGCAUGGGCUCCAACAAUCCUUACGAGUCAGGCGCCCCGUCUGACGAUGGUCCUGGUACUUAUCAUCGCGACUCCAAGUUCACUGACAACCGCGCUCAACACGCUGGCCCUACCAACCCCCAAAACUACAGCUACGUCCCCAGCAACAUAUCCUCCCCCGGACAGCCUCGCACCUCGGGUCUCGACAAUCAUCAAUCUAUCGAAGAUGAUUAUAGCAAAUCCACUCAAGAAAAUAAAUCCCAGUCCCGACCGUCCGACAACUACAAGUCUCAGGGUCAAUGGAAUAGCCAGGAAAGUCAUGAGACUUCUACGCAAGAGCACAAAUCCCACUCCGCUACUACCCACACCAUGCCCUGCCAGACAAAUCUGCAAAAUGAGCCAGGCUUUGACGAGCGUGCCGCUGAGCCGAGCUUCGGUGGUAACGCGGCUGGUAGUAGCAGCUCGACCUCGGGCGUUAGACAGCCAUCUGGUAAUCAAAGCACUGAUCCUCUGAAUAAACUUGAUCCCAGAGCCAACCGAUCAAAUGAGCAAUCCGGUUUUGCCGAUCAGCGAAGUGGAUUUUAG